UCCUCUACCUACUCAGCACUUUGCGUUGUUAUUAUACGGCACUCAGAAUACAUUUGUUUAUACGACCGGAUAUUGUUGUUCUUUUCCUAGAUUCAUAUACUACUGAAAAAGAAAAAAAAAACCUCUGUAGCUUGCGAUUCGUUGUCAUUUUGUCGUCAAUCAACUGAAUUUUCUCGAAAUUAUCCUUUCUGCUUUCUCGGCUAGUUUAAAUUCUAAGCGUUCAGGAAGACGCGGGCGUGCGUGCCUCCUUCCCCCACACUGAAGCCAUGACAACUUGCUCUGCUCCCCGCCGCCGCCGCCUCCUCCUGCUCUGUCUCUGCUUCACUCUGCUCCUCCGCUUCCACUCGUGCGCCGCCUCGCCUCGCGACCUCCGCUUCUCCGUCGGGGACAUCGCCGCCGUCGAGGCGGUGCUGCCGUCGCUGCGGCAGGCGAGGAGCACUUUCUUUGAGGUCGACCGGCCGCUGCACCCGCCGCGGGGGAGCUCGGGGCCGUGCUCGACGCUGCUCCUCUCCCAUUCCUUCGCGUUCACCUUCACCAAGCCGCCUGUGACGGCUUCUUACUCGCCGCCGUCGUGCCUGGCUGAGGACGGCGGUGGCGCGCGGGCCGUCUCCCUCGCGGUGCUCGAGUGGCGCGCCGACUGCCGCGGCGCCCAGUACGACCGAAUCUUCGGCGUGUGGCUCGGCGGGGCGGAGCUCCUGCGGGGGAGCACCGCCGAGCCACGCCCGAGCGGCGUGACUUGGUCGGUAUCCAAGGACGUCACCAAGUACGCGUCCCUCCUCGCCGCCGGCAACUCCACGCUCGCCGUCUACCUCGGCAACCUCAUCGAUGACACCUACAACGGCGUGUACAACGCCAACCUCACGCUCCACCUCUACUUCCGGCGCGCUGCCCGGUCCCCGACGGCGGCGUCCGCGCCGGCCGACCGUGUCGUCCCCGUCUCGAGAAGCCUUCCUCUCAACGACGGGCUUUGGUUCGUGGUGGAUAACACCACCGACGUCGAGUCGACGAGGCUCACCGUGCCGCCAAACGCGUACCGCGCGGUUCUUGAGGUGUACGUCUCGUCCCACAACUUCGACGAGUUCUGGUACAUGAACACGCCGGACCAGAACGGGCCAUUCCGCGAGGUCACCGUCCAUCUCGACGGCGACGUCGUGGGCGCCGUGUGGCCGUUCCCGGUGAUCUACACCGGCGGCAUCAACCCCCUCAUCUGGCGCCCCAUCACCAGCAUUGGCUCGUUCAACCUGCCAAGCUACGACAUCGAGCUCACGCCGUUCUUGGGCAAGCUCCUCGACGGAAAGGAGCACGAGCUCGGGUUCGCGGUGACCAACGCGCAGAAGUCAUGGUACGUGGACGCCAAUCUCCACCUCUGGCUCGACCCCAAGAGCUCGGCGACCUCCGGCGGCCUCAUCGCCUACGACGCUCCGAAAUUGACCGGCAGAAUCGUCUCAAACUCCUCCAACGGUAUCGACGGGCAGUACGACGCGACGGCGAGCCGCAACAUCACGGCCACCGGGUGGGUCCGCUCGUCGCGCGGCAACAUCACCACCACAUUCACCCAGCGGCUCACGUUCGUGCACACGAACGUGGUGAGCAACCAGGGCAGCUCGCAGGCGAUCAACCAGACGACCGAGGCGCACACCGAGGUCACCGGCGACGGCCCGCACUCGCAGCAGCUCCACCAGAGCUUCCCGCUCUACAUCUUCCUGGGCGGCGACGGCAGCGGCACGUCCUCGCAGAAGCUGAUGCGGCGCGUGGCGCUCGGCUUCGACGAGACGCGCGCUGGCGCGGCCGGGCGGCCGGCGAGCACGCUCCACAACGAGCAGACGGCGGCGGCGGAGGUGGUGCUCCGGGACGACCAGGUGGUCGGCGCGUCGUGGCGGAUGCACCAGGUGUACGAGUACGGCGGCAGCGACGGCGGCUGCUACUUGAGGAACGUGAGCAGCGUCGGCUACGACGUGCUUUUCGACCACAAUGAGGAGUCGUGCGCCGGGACGCGCCGACGUUGACGGCUGUCGGCGCCGGCGUGGCGUCGCGCGUGUAGGCGGGCGAGGGCGGGGAUAGAGCGAGCGAUCGAGCGGCGGAUAGCCGGGCCCGCGAAGAGAUCGACAGGGUGUAAUGGAAAGUAGUGUGUGCUUGGUGGGCCCUGCUAAAGUCUUGCAAUUAUUGAUGCAUCACCAUGUUCCUAAC